AUGGACGGGCGCUCUGGCAUGACUGUCGCCCAAGAGGGCAUCGAGAAGUUCUACGACGGUCUUAGGGGUUUGCGCAUUGUCUUGUGGCUGGGAGACCGAUAUGACUGCGCAGACGUCUGCGCGACUUUCCUGCGGAUGCAUUCUCUGCCGACCAUUGCGUUGAGCGUGGGGUCGCAUCAGGUGGACGGUCUGUGCUUCUGCAUGGCUACCUUCGUGGACAACCUGCUCACGAUCGCGGAGACACAGGAGAACGAGUUACUGACAUGCAGGGCCUACCCGUACACCAUUAACGUUCCACCAGACUGGAUGAGGAGCAAGGUUCUGAAGUGCCUCGACCACCACAUCGACGACAACGGUGGCAGACGCAGCUGCUUCCUGAAGUUCACAGCGGCCAUGAUACAGUUCUUUACGCCAAGUUGA